AUGGCUGAAGAUAAGCCUGUCGAGACUGAGCGCGCCGAGCAGCCUACUGAAGAGGUGACUGCCGAGAAGCCGGAAACUGAAUCGACCGACAAGCCUGAAGCUCAGGCCGAAGAGCCCGCUUCUGACAAGCCAGAGGCAAAGGCUGAGGUCCCGGCCGAUGGCGAUGCUGCCGAAGCUACCCCCGCCGAUGCGGAGGCUGCGCCUGCCACGGCAGAGGUCAACGGAACCCCUGCUUCCGCUAAGAAGUCCUCCAAGAACCGCCGCGUCUCUACCGGGACCCCCAAGCUGAACCGGAAGAAGUCCCAGAGUCGCAUUACCCACCUGGACGCGAAGCCGGGCCAAUAUUACCUGGCGCGGUUGCGCAGCUAUGCGCCCUGGCCCGCGAUCAUCUGCGACGAUGACAUUCUCCCUGAGACCUUCCUCGAGAGUCGUCCUGUGACUGCCAUGCAAAAGGAUGGCUCCUACAAGGGCGAGUACGCCGAUGGUGGUCGCCGCACCCACGAGCGCACUUUCCCCGUGAUGUUCCUUCAGACCAAUGAAUUCGCGUGGAUUCCUAAUAUGAGUCUGUCCCCCCUGGACCCUGCGGAGUGCAAAGACAUCUCUGAAAAGAACAAAUCUAAGGGCCUGGUUACUGCCUACAAGAUCGCAUCUGAAGGACACGAUCUCGAUUACUUCAAGAAGGUCCUGAGCGACCACCAGGAGGCCAUUGAGCAGGAAUUGGCCGAGGCCGAGGCCUUGGACGCUGAGAAGGAGGCCGAAAAGGAGGCCGCCAAGGUUGCUAAGGAGACCAAGAAGGGCAAGCGCAAGUCCAAGGCGGCCGACACCGAUGUCGAAAUGGAAGAUGCCGAUGAUUCCAAAAAGGCCAAGCCCGCCUCUAAGAAGCGCAAGAAGGACGCCGAUACCGAUGCCGAGGCUGAAAAGCCCGCCAAGACCCCCAAGAGCAACACGAAGCUGAAGUUGACCACCCCCAAGGCACCCGCAGAGGAAAAGAAGACCCCAGUCAGUAAACGAAAGGCCCCCACCAAGCGAGGCAAGGCUGCCGCAGCCCCCAGCGACGACGAUUCGAGCGCCGAUCCCAAGGAAUCCGAGAAGCCCGUUGACCCGGAGGACCUCAAGAAGAAGAAGGAGAAAGAGAGUAUGCUUGCCCCUGGAUCCAGCCCCCCAAUCCACGAACCCCCGGAUGAUGCGGAUCACUUAUACCUUUCAGUUCUAUUCCUCCGCCACAAGCUCCAGAAGGGCUUUAUUUCCCGCGAAACUCCCCCAGCGGAAGAUGAAAUGGCUAGCAUGGCCACUUACUUUGAUAAGCUCGAGAAGCACGCCGAUCUGGAAGUCUCCAUCAUCCGGUCCACCAAGAUUAACAAGGUCCUCAAGAUGAUUGUGAAGCUGAACACGAUUCCCCGUGACGAAGAGUUCAACAUUCGCUCCCGUGCCAUGAACAUCUUGUCCAGCUGGAAGAACGUUCUGGAUGCCGAUACCCCCGGACCUGCUGACAAGAGUGACAAGCCCCCUGCUAAUGGAUCCAAGGAGGAUGAAGGUGCCGAGACCCCCAAGUUAGAGACCGAGGAAGAAAAGGAGGCCGAGUCCAAGUCUGCCAAGGACAUCGACUCACCAAUGCCUGACGCCGAUGCUGAGAAGGCCCCAGAGCCCGAGAAGGAGGCUGAGGGUGAGAAGCCUGAGCAAUCGACAGAGACUACCGAAAAGCCCACCGAGUCCGAGGAGAAGACCGAGAAGCCGGCUGAAGAGCCGACUGAAGAGAAGGCCGAGGCUACCGCUUAA